AUAAUGAUUUAUUAAAGAUGCAAAAUGCUAUGAGUAAUUGAGAACUUAAAUUAUUUUUUUUAAAUUCGGUUUUCCACAUCGUAAGCAUGGAUGUACUCAAUAAAUUUCGAUCUACAGUUACAAGUACUAUGUCACAACUGUCUACAGUACUACCUGGCAAUCCAGUUACAAGGGAGUAUGAAGCUACUACACAUAUUGCAAGUGCUGGUGUUGGACUGCUUUGGAAAAUAUACAGUGGUUAUAAAAAGUCAACACAGCAAUCUGCAUCCAUUUUUGUAUUAGAAAAGAGACAAUUAGAUAAAUGGUCAAGAACAGAACGAGAACACAUAAUAGAAGUUGUCAAAAAAGGUGUAGCCCAACUAGCCAGGCUCAAACAUCCCCAAGUAUUAACUGUUCAACAUACUUUAGAAGAAUCUAGAGAAAGUUUGGCAUUUGCUACAGAACCUGUGUUUUGCAGUUUGGCUAAUGUCCUUGGUAAGUUGGAAAACACACCUCAACCAUUGUCCAAAAGUUUACAAGAUUACAAUCUAUUUGAUAUUGAUAUCAAGUAUGGCCUAAUGCAACUUGGUCAAGGUCUAGCAUUUUUACACAAUGAUGCUAAGCUGCUCCAUCACAAUUUGUGUCCAGAAAAUGUUGUAAUUAAUGAACAAGGAGCAUGGAAAAUAUUUGGAUUUGAUUUCUGUUCUCAAAGUAUCAAUCCAGUAGAUCCAAAUCCUACAUGGCCUAGCUGGGAGUAUAAGGUAGAUGUGCAUCCUUGGGCACAACCAACUUUAGAUUAUUUAGCGCCCGAAUCAGGUUGUGAUCAUAUCCAAAUUAAAGCCAAUGACAUGUAUUCUUUGGGAGUAUUAAUUUUUGCCAUAUAUAAUAAAGGAAAUGCACCAUUACAGUCAAAUCAUGAAUGGUCUACUUAUAAACGCAAUUUACAAGAAAUGAAGUAUAAUACACCAAAAAUAUCAACUGUUGAUGCUGCUCUCCGAGAUCCAGUAAGAUUAUUAUUGAGUUUUAGACCUGAAGAUAGACCCGACGAACAUGAAUUUUUAAAAAUUGAAUAUUUUAAUGAUGUUGGCGUUAAAACUUUAAAUUAUUUGGAUUCACUUUUUCAAUGGGAUAAUUUACAGAAAUCCCAAUUUUACAAAGGCUUACCUCAAAUAAUGGAAAAAUUACCCCACAGAAUUUGUUUAAAAAGGAUUCUUCCAUGUCUUGUAAAAGAUUGUGUUAAUCCUGUUAUGAUACCCUUUGUUUUGCCAAAUAUUUUUUAUGUCUGUGAAAAUUGUACUAAAGAUGAGUUUGUUAACCAUAUUUUACCAUGCUUAAAGCCUAUAAUGAAAGUGCAUGAACCAGUUCAAGUUCCUUUCAUAUUUCUUCAAAAAAUGGAAUUAUUAUUAAAAUUAGCUCCACUAGAAGAUCUCAAAUCUGAUAUUUUACCAAUGUUAUAUAAAACAUUGGAAUUGGAUUCAAAACCAGUUCAAGAAACUUGUCUAUCAGUAAUUCCAUCAUUAGCUACUCUUGUAGAAGGCCCUUCCAUGAAAAAUGCUUUAUUACCUAGGAUUAAAAGAUUAUGUUUGUCAACUUCUGAUCUUUCAGUUCGUGUAAAAUGUCUUGUUUGCAUUGGUAAAUUAAUUGAAUAUUUGGAUAGAUGGCUAGUACUUGAUGAUAUUAUUCCAUUUUUACCUCAAAUACCUUCCAAGGACCCAGCUGUGAUUAUGGGCAUCUUAGGUGUAUAUAGGAUUAUACUUUCUCAUAAAAAAAUGUACAUUACAAAAGAAACUAUGGCUCUCAGUAUUUUACCUUUUUUAAUACCAAUGUGUAUUGAGAAUACACUAACGCUAAAUCAAUUCAAUGUUUUAAUAUCAAUUGUGAAAGAAAUGAUUAAUAGUGUUGAAACUGAACAUCGAGCUAAAUUACAACAAUUAAAUGAACAGCAUAGAUCAAUUUCAAAUAGUUUAACUUUAGAAAAUGGAACAACUACAAAGUCAAAUGGUUUAACUAAUGAAUUUCAAUUUGAAAGUUAUGUUGAAAAACCUUCAAUGCAAAUACCUGGUUCCAAUGAAAUAACAAAUAAUUUAUCUUUCAACUAUGAAAAAUCAAAGACAAAACAAUCUCAAGAUACAUCAUUCCGUACUUUUCAACAAGAUUUUACCCUUACUCCAAGUGUAGAAAAAAGCACCAAGAAUAAUCCAGUACCUAAGGAUCUCACAUCAUCUCUGAUUGAUUCAAAUAUAAAUCAAAUAAGUUGGUCAAAUCAGAUGAAACCUACUACAAGUUCACUAUCUCAAUCAAAAUCAAUGGGAUUUGAAAAUAAAUCAAUAAGUCCUCAAGGUAGGCUUUCAGGAUUUGAAAACAAUUCAGUUAAUCCACAAACUAAACCUAUGUCCCUUCAUAAUUCAGCAAAUAACUGGAAUGAUUUAUGGAUAAAACAAGAAGAAAGUCAGCCACAAGUUAAACAGUUGUCUAUAUCUGAUAUAAAUGAUUUAUUGAGCUGAAAAAUUACUUAAUCCACUAACCAGUAAUUGCUACCUAACUUAUUUAUUAACUUUAUUCAUGUAUUUUAUAUUUUAAACUUUAGUCAUUAUAUUUAUUUUUGGGAAUGAGUUCAUUAAUUCCUUGAUUCUUAAUUUUAUUGUCAUUCAUGUUUAAACCAGAUUACAUUUCCAUCAAAUCUUAAUUUACUAUUUAUCAAUUCAAAAUAAUUAAUUUUAUUAAAAUUAAUAACUAAUAUUUAUUUGGUUGUGUGCAUUCAAAACCAAAACUUAGCAUAUAAAAACCUAAAAUGUUUAAUAGUAUUAUUUUAAAUUAAAACAAAAUACUAGAAAGAAUAGAUUCAUUAAAAAUUUAAGUAUUAUUAAAUUGUUAAAAGUAUUGUGUUAUUACACACUAUUUAUGAAACAAAUAACAAAUGUAUUGGGUAGGUAACUUAUUAUUUAUUUUUAUUUAAUUUAUAUUAUAUUAUAUUAAUUCAUUUUUACAAAAUAGAAAAGUAAUAAUCAUGACUGACAGUUAAAUAUAUUUGUGAUUUAAUUGUAAUACUAUGCCAAAGUUACUCCAGUUGGCGGAUUCUUUGUUUUAGGAAACAUGUCUUCUUUUUAUUGUAGAUAUCAUAUUCACUUAUUGACUAUUGUUUUGAUAUGUAUGUAAUAGAUUGUGUAAUAAAAAUUUAAAAUUAAAAAAAAAAUAGUAACGGUAUGAAAUAGUAAACAACAUUUAACUGUAAAAUUUUAAAAAUAUUUUUAAGUUAUAUUCAACAUCAUUAAGAUUUUGGCAUACAAAUACAUAUAUGUAUAAUGUAGGCUUUAUAAUUAUGUUAUAUUAAAUAUAUUAUAUCUAUAUUAUUAUUAGAGCGCGGAUUUCUAUGCAAUUGCAUAUUUUUUUCCUUUUAAUAUUUUUGGAUUUUUGUCAGUUAUCUCCUUGAAUUAUCAUAAUUCAUAAUUUGAAGCUAAUGGUGACAUUAUUUUUUGCAUGUUUCUACAUAUUUAAAGGUUAUUGCAUAUUUUGGCAAAAUUCAAAAUUUAUUGCAUAUUGAAGCAAAAAUUUAAAAAAAUGUAUAAAAUAAUAUUUUGUUAAGUAAAAAAAUUAAAACUAACUUUCAUAGUCACUAAAUAAUAAUUUAUAUAUAUAUUUAGUUAUAAGAUAAAUAAUUGAUUACGACGUAAACUUCAAAUAUGCCCAAUAACUUCGGUUGACGUCGAACAUUCGUUCUCAGUCUUUAAAAAUAUGUUAAUCGAUAAACGACACAGCUUCACAGAAGAAAAACUUGAAGUGCAUAUGAUUAUUCAUCUUAAUAAUAAAUACAAUUUUAAAAAUAAAUUAAAUUUUUUUUUAUUAAGUAUGUAAGUAAUUAAUUAUUAUAAGUUUUAUUGUAAAUUUUAAAUAAAUAAAAAAAUUUUGCAUAUUUUUUUUACAUAUUUUCAUGAUUUUUACUGCAUAUUAUAUGGCAUAUUUCGAUACUUUUAAGUGCAUAAAUAUCCGUGUUCUAAUUAUUAUACAUCUUUAAAACUAACUUUUUGUUUAAGAAAAAUGCAUUUUAGUUUCUCUGCUAAAUUUUCAUAUUUUAUUUCCUCAAAAAUGGAUUGAUAGUAACCAGUAAUCAUAAGUAUAAAACACUAGUUCUAUAUCCUUAGUACGAAUUGAAUUAUUUUCUUUUAAUAUUAUACAAUCAUUACAAUUCAUUAUAAUUUUUAUAUAUUUAUACAGUGGUGGCUCAAAGGGGGUAUAUUUGAAUCACGCGAUACACAAAAAUAUUAAUGGGUGGGUGGGUGUCUUAUAUUUGGAAAAUGUAGGCUGGACCAUUUUUAUAGGUUGAUAAUUAAUUUAUAAAUAACAAACAUAAUAUAUAUAUAUCCGUUUAUAUGUACUCAGUGGAAAUUUUACAGUAAUAACUAAUAGUAAUAGACAAAUAGACAACAGUACCUUAGGUGUGGUAAAGUAUUAAAUGGAAAUAUUGAAUGAAUUUAUUAAUUUUAUAUUCAAGUGAGAAUUUAUUAGGUUUUUAGAAAGUGAUUUUGAUGAGCAAAAAAGGUCCUAAGCUAAAGAAUAAUUAUUUGAAAAUAAUUCACAUUAUCCAAUUUUAGGAGGGUGGGUGGUGGUAUAAAAAUAUUGAAUGUCAAAUGAAAAAAAAGUUCAAGCCGCCACUGCAUAAAUAUAGUUUAAUAUAAUUUUUAUUUAGAUUAGGAAUCAGAUUAGAAUCUACAUAUUGUGUUGAACAAUAAGCUUAAUAUGAGAAGAUACAAUAAUGACAAAAAAUACUCAGUGAAGAGACCUCUCACUUUCCAUUGGAAGUAACUUUGACAUGAAAUACAUACUAUAAUUAUAUUAGAUUACAUGCUUUUUUUUCUAUUAUUAUUAUGUAUAUAGAUAAGCAAACUGCAAAAUCUUUGUAUUAUUAUAACAGUAAAUUAAUUAUUAACAUUUUUAAUUUGUUUGCUCGCUGUAAAAUGUUGUAAAAGCCUAUAAAGACCAUAAUAUUGUAAUGAUAAAGAUAAACAAUAAUAGUUCACUAACUAUUGAAAAUUUGCAAAAUAUUUUAAAUAUUUAUGUAUUGCCCAAUUAAAUUGAAUAGUUUUGUAAUUGUUCAAAUAUCAUUACCAUAGGCAUUUUCUGCAUAGACAUAUUAUAGUACUAUUGUCUUAUUAUGAUAUUGAUUUAUGUUUCCAGAUUUCAUACAUUUUUGUAUGUACUCUAUUAGAUUUACAGUGAAAUUAUUAAAAUGACGAUAUUUAUAAUACACAUAUAAAUAAAAAUG